CUAUCUAUUUCCGCCGCUAGUAGACAACCGCGAGUGGAGAAGUGAAUACCUACUCAUUUAUAUACGCUGUUCGGAUGGAGCACGUUUUGUGUGUGGAUAUGCUACAUCUAUCGUGAAAACAACACACUAUAACAACCUUCAGUAUGUCUCUUAAGACUGACACGUUUGAAGAUAAAGAGACACCAUCCGACCAGCAGCUCCAUCUGGCGGCGCUGCAGGGACAUCUGGAACAACUCCGCAAAGUCCUGGAAAGCGGCAAGGUCCAUGUUGAUUGUAAAGACAAGGAGGGGACAACUCCGCUGAUCCUGGCGGCAGCCAACAACCACUUGGAGUGUGUGAGGGAGCUGCUCCGACAAGGGGCCGACUCUGCAGCCAGGAGACUGACUGGGACUUGUGCCCUCUUCUUUGCCAGCCAGGGAGGCUUUGUGGACAUUGUGAGGCUCCUGCUGGACCAGGGUGCGGUGGUCGACCUCCCCAGCUAUGAUGGAGGGACUCCCCUGUUCGUGGCCUGCCAGUGCAACCACCUGGACGUGGUGCAAGAGCUCCUGGCACAUGGAGCUGAUAUCCAUGCACAGAUGAUAGACGGGGCGACUCCACUCUUCAUCACUGCACAAAAUGGCCAUGUCAAGUUGCUCAAGUACCUUCUGGAGAAGGGAGCAGAUCUCAACAUGAAGAGGAAGGAUCAUGCCACUCCAUUGUGGAUAGCUGCACAGAUGGGUCAUGCCCCAGUUGCCAAAGUGAUGCUGGAGUCAGGGGCAGCAGUGGAUGCCACCAGAGAAGAUGGAGCAACACCUUUGUUCAAGGCAUGUCACAAGGGUCACCUAGAGGUCAUUGAUGAACUGCUCAAGCACAAGCCAUGCUGUGGUCUUCUUCAGAAUGGGGAGACACCCCUCCAUGCCGCCGCACUGUUUGGUCAUUCCAAGGUCAUCAAGUUGUUGCUGUCAAGAGGGGUUGACCCCUACGUCAAGAACAAGGAGGGCCAGACAGCAUCUGAGCUUGCGAAGGAGGCGGGCUAUGAGUACAUCACCAAGGUGAUAGACAGUAUGAUUUCCUCUUCAACCUAUGGCAUGACCAACAACGAUGCUGCCACCACCAGCAAUGGCACAGCUGACAUAAUGGAUGACUCACAUUCGAACAGCGAUGUUGCUGUGACACUCAAGAUCUAGCAUCAUAUUAGGACAAGUUGAAACUGUUGCAAACUGUUGUGAACAAGAUAUAGGCCUUCUUGUUUCAAGUCGCUUACUUGAAGUUGUCCUUGUUGUAGUGUCCGACCAGACCCGUCUGGUGCUUUAUACACCUGGACAUGCACACACGAUCGUACACAGCUUAAGCAGAAACCUACGCACAGAUGAUGCAGGCUGUGAGCCUAUGAGCUUGGUUGCCAUUUUGUUGCUCCAUCCCUGUUUACAACUAAUGACAACUUUUUCGUGAGGCACAAACUUUUGUCAGAAUUAUUGUGACGUAUGAACUACAGAGAAUGUGUGUACGUGUUUCUGUGUCUGUCCCCAUGUGCCGGACUGUGAACACCUGAAGCACCAUGGACCGCUCUUUGUCCAACCAUCAGCUACAGUUAAGCCCAUCUGUUGUUGAACAUGGAGAGAUUCUAGGACAGCCCCGCUGCCUGGCAUGCAUGCACACAUAGACUGGGUCUCAGCUUGUGCUACUGUUGGAGUCGGAGGAGGGAGGAGGACCGUACUUCUAUCACAAUGCUGAUUGAACAAAAUUUAAAUAUUAUAUAUACUUUAAGUAUCAAAUUAGUUUUAUUACUAUGUUUAGCUUAAGUUUCAUGUUUACUUAAUGUUAAUAUAGUUCCGCCAAAUGUUCAAGAUCCAAAUUCUGAAAUAUAUUUCUAUGUACUGAAAGUUAUCUAUUUACUGCAUUUUCCUUGGUUUUCGGUUACUUUUCUUUCUUUUUUUCAUGAGUAUGUGUACAGGUAACAGGUAGUCUUAGUAGCCAAGGUAACGCAGUUGUUACCAUGACAACAUAAGUGAUACCAUGGUAUCACGUACUGUGUUCCAUGCCGUAACCAUGGUAACAUGCUAUCAUAUAUUGAUACCUGUUGGACUUGUCAGUUGUGGAGUGAGGGAUUGUUUUGAAGAUUUUUUUACAUCAUAUAUCAUUUUGAUUUCAUUUAGAUUCUUUGGUAGAAAAUACAAUAUAGAUGUUCCUCAUGGAAUGUAGAUACCUAUUUAUAGAGUAAUUCCUGGUGCUACAUGAGACCGGGCCUGGCACUGUCAUAUAACAGGCCUGCAGCACUGUGUCAACAACACUAUAACUUCAUCUAGUAAUAUGUCAUAUUGAUCAGAAGUGUAACCAAACAUUUUCCACGCUGGAUUAAGUCUUUCUUCAACAACAACCCAGAAAAAUAAUUUGUUCUUAUGCAGACAGAAUCUGCCACAACAGUUUAUGGUUGUAUUGCAUGAUGGUGUCAUUAAUUUGGUGUCAUUUCUUUGUGAGAGUUAUCUCCCUUUUUAUGCUGUGAGUGGUUUUGAAUGGAUAUGUUUCUUAUCGUCAUAACACACAUUUGUUUGUCAUAUUGAUAUACUGUGAUGAUACAUUGCAGCCAAUUUCGGAUUCUUGCCAAUAUUAUUGUUGUGUUAUCAGUCUGUCCUGAUGAUUCAUAAUAGAACGACUUCCAUGUGAGACUAUCUCGUCAUGUGCUGAGGCUAUCUCUUCAUGGACAGUACCAUAUGUAUUCUUAUAACAUUUACAUGCUCAAUAUAUACCAAUAGUAUAUCUUAUUUAUUUCAUAUGUGGCUUUUUCUCCAAAUAGUUUUGUCCAUGAUCUGAGUCCAUUGUUACUUGAGGGGAAUCAGUGCCACAAGCAGGAAGAGGAUGAUGCACAUAUCAAGAGGGGGAUGCAGGUGAUGAGGGAAGUGAUGGGAGGGGAUGGAGGAGAUGCAGGUGAUGAGGGGAGAUGCAGUUGAUGAGGGGAGUGAUGGGAGGGGAUGGAGGAGAUGCAGGUGAUGAGAGGAGAUGCAGGUGAUGAGAGGAGAUGCAGGUGAUGAAAGGGGAUGCAGGUGAUGAGAGGGGAUGCAGGUAAUGAGAGGGGAUGCAGGUGAUGAGAGGAGAUGCAGGUGAUGAGAGGAGAUGCAGUUGAUGAUAGGGGAUGCAGGUGAUGAGAGGGGAUGCAGGUGAUGAGAGGGGAUGCAGUUGAUGAUAGGGGAUGCAGGUGAUGAGAGGAGAUGCAGGUGAUGAGAGGGGAUGCAGGUGAUGAGAGGGGAUGCAGGUGAUGAUAGGGAAUGCAGGUGAUGAGAGGAGAUGAGAGGAGAUGCAGGUGAUGAGAGGGGAUGCAGGUGAUGAGAGGAGAUGAGAGGUGAUGCAGAUGAUUAGGGGAAUGAUGAGAGGGGAUGCAGGUGAUGAGAGGGGAUGCAGGUGAUGAGAGGGGAUGCAGGUGACGAGAGGAGAUGCAGGUGAUGAGAGGUGAUGAUAGGGGAUGCAGGUGAUGAGAGGAGAUGCAGGUGAUGAGAGGAGAUGCAGGUGAUGAUAGGGGAUGCAGGUGUAGAGGGGGAUGCAGGUGUAGAGAAGGGAUGCAGGUGAUGCAGGUGACGAGAGGGGAUGCAGGUGAUGGGAGGGGAUGCAGGUUUAGAGAGGGGAUGCAGGUGAUGGGAGGGGAUGCAGGUGUAGAGAGGGGAUGCAGGUAAAGAGAGGGGAUGCAGGUGAUGAGAGGGGAUGCAGGUUUAGAGAGGGGAUGCAGGUGAAGAGAGGGGAUGCAGGUGAUGGGAGGGGAUGCAGGUUUAGAGAGGGGAUGCAGGUGAUGAGGGAAGUGAUGAGAGGGGAUGCAGGUGAUGGGAGGGGAUGCAGGUGAUGGGAGGGGAUGCAGGUGAUGAGAGGGGAUGCAGGUGAUGAGAGGGGAUGCAGGUGAUGAGAGGGGAUGCAGGUGAUGAGAGGGGAUGCAGGUGAUGGGAGGGGAUGCAGGUGUAGAGAAGGGAUGCAGGUGAUGAGGAAUUUGAUGGGCCUGCAAGUGAUGUGAUGGUGCUGGAAAAGAGCUGGGGAAUGCAGUGACGACAAACGAAAGACUUCUUGAUCAUCAGAAUUGUUGUACAUACUCAUUUUUCAGUAAGAACAGUUCCAGCCAUCUUUGUUAUUUUAGCAGUUGUUCCUACAGUGUGGAGGAAAUACACUUUAACAGCGUCUUUCAAAAAAGUUAUGUAAAUAACUACAAAACUCAGAAGCAAUGAAUCAGCUGUAUUGAUGAUUGUAUCAUAAAUGGUGCUUUGACAAGUAACUAGUUUAAUCAAUUUUAUCUUUUUUUCAUUACAAUGGUAAUCAAUUCAUUGGUGUCUCUUUCUUCCUUGUGAAAAAAUAGCAGUUGUUGUGCAAGUGAAACACUGGUCAGGUUGACUACGCAGGACUCACUCAGUCAGGUAGACUACCCCCUACACAGGACUCACUCAGUCAGGUAGACUACCCCCAACACAGGCCUCACUCAGUCAGGUAGACUACCCCCUACACAGGCCUGACUUGGUCAGGUAGACUACCCCCAACACAGGACUCACUCAGUCAGGUAGACUACCCCCAACACAGGACUCACUCAGUCAGGUAGACUACCCCCAACACAGGCCUGACUCAGUCAGGUAGACUACCCCCUACACAGGACUCACUCAGUCAGGUAGACUACCCCCAACACAGGACUCACUCGGUCAGGUAGACUACCCCCAACACAG